CAAGAUAUCACUCAGCUCAACAUGCGUGUUACUUACCCCUUGGCCCUGGCUUUCGCCGCCUACACUACGCCGGCACUUGCCUAUACGGCAGAGAUGUUUAAGUGCAUCCAGCCAGAGGCUCACUGCUGUGCUAUUCUCUCUACUACUGGAACGGGCGUCAAUUGCCAACCGGCCCUUCUCGAGAAUAUGAACACCAUGCUUGGCGAAACUGAUCCUGACGACGACAGCUCUCCUUACGCCUCUGUCUGCUACGUUGAUCCCGAAAUGUCAGUGAAGACUCCUCAAAUUCCUGCUUGCUGCGAUAAUACAUCCACCUCCAUGACCCCGAAUCUCAACACUUUCAACUGUGUACCGCCUGAGACAGGCAGCUAUCGUUAUGAUUCGGAGACGAGAAACUUUUCUAGCUCUGGUGAAGACACUUACGGAAGUGAGGAUUACUGUGAUCCACGUUACUCCGGCGCUUACGAUGAUGACGACUGGUACCUAUAUGAAUAG